AUGGAUUUCGCCGCGUUGAUGUCCAAGGAGAUCUCUAAGGCCAAGGGUAGUGAUGCUUCUAAGCCAUCCAAAGAUCCCGAAAAAGGCUCCCCCGCAGUGCCAACAAAGAAAUACUUGCGACGAGGCGAUGUCGAAGCUGCCCGCAUUGAAGCCUACAACCAAGAGCAAGAGCGGAUUGCACGCGAACGUGAAGAGCGCAUGGCGAAGAAGCGCAAGCUCGAAGACGAAGAAGCGGAUCGAAACCGAGAACGCGAGGAGAAGAAGCAAAGACUAGCCGAGGAGUCCAAGAUGAGGAGGGAAGAAGAGGAAAGAGCAAAAGAACGUGAACGGCGGCGAAGGCUCGAUAUUGAAGAGGAGGAGCUUAUAGCAAAACUACGAGAGAUGAAUGCCCCAAUACAAUUGUUCGGGGAGGACUAUCGAGCCCGUCUUCGACGAUAUCGUCGUCUCGUCCAACGGGCCGCCAUUCCUAAGAAGAAGGUGACCGAUGGGCCUAUUCCCACCACUUUGGAGCCUGUACCUGGUGGACAAAUGAUCAUUCCGGCCAAGAUUCCGAGAGAUCAAGAGAAUCGUCUAUUCCUUUUCCGGCAGUUGGGAUCUUAUUUCAACAUGGUCUUGUCAGAAUGGGAAAUGGCACUAGCAAAGCGUGACGUCUCGGUGCGGGAAAGUUUCCAGGGAAAACAAGCGUACAAUGCGAUGAUCCAGUCACGCGAAAAUAUGACACCGUUGUUCCGCCUCUUCGAAAAAGCCGACCUGGAGGACGGGUUAUUGGAACCGAUCGUUGAGAUUGUACACAAGGCGCAGCAGCGGCGAUACGUCGACGCAAACGAUGCAUACCUACGAGUGAGCAUUGGUAAAGCAGCAUGGCCCAUCGGUGUGACUAUGGUUGGUAUUCACGAGCGAUCUGCACGAGAGAAGUUGCACCAGAGUGAUCAACAGGCACACAUUCUGAGCGACGAGAUUACUCGCAAGUAUCUACAGAGUAUCAAGCGCUGCUUGAGCUUUGCGCAAGUCCGCUGGCCCCCGGAGGAUCAAUUGCAGAUGAUGGGUUAG